AGAGUGGCAACAGAAGAAAAGGGAAAACAAACAGAGAGAGAGAGAGAGAUAGAGUUUAAGAAGCGUUCAGGAAAGAGAAGGUAUGAGAGUGAUAAAGUUGGUAGCGGUGUCAGUAGUACGAAAUAACUGACACAUAGGUAGUUACCCAUAUACUAACACUCAUACGCAUAAGCACGCCAUGAGGUAUACACACUCACUCAUACAUAUAAACAACUCAAUAUGUUGAUGCAUAAUAUUAACGUGCAGAUACAUGCACUCAUACCGUAUAUAUAAUAUCUAUAUAGGUAGAAGCACACAAACGUACUGUAAAUAAUACUAACGAAGCACGUAUAAAGAUACACGGAGACCAGCGUAAAUAGCGUACACCAGUAUUACAGAUAGAAGCAAACAAAUACCAACAAAAAAAUUACAGCUGUUAUAGAAAGACACGCAUAAAAACAAUAGUCAUAGACACGCGCGUGUCAUACACGUAGAAAGGUUCCCAUACAUACAUACAUAGUACACACACACACACACGAAGAUAGACAUUUACGUAAAACAUAGAAAAGCGCGCGCGCACACACAUAUAUAUAUGAACAAGCAUUCACGUGAAACACCAGUAACAUACACAUACUCAUAUAUUAUAACUUUCAACAAAGACUAUACUUAAUCGCAGUACACAACACGUUAUUAUUACUAGUCCAUAGUUUAAAGCGAAUCUAGGAGAUAGCGUUAACUAAUUGCUUGGCUGGCUGGCUGCCUGCCUGCCUGUCCUCUAAACCUGUACACAGAAACGUUCAGCUCUCACCAGGUUUACUUACUGCUUUUGCCUGCUUUUUGGUGCAGGAAAUGACUAACAGACAAGUAGAGUUACUAGUGAAGCUUGUAGACUUUUGGCAAGACCCCAGUAAACAAUCCAUACUAUUCUAGUUCCAUAAGCAAAGUGCUAUGGACACGGAAAACCAUUGUCUCAAGACUGGCUAUCUCUUGAAGCAGGGCAUUAAUGGCAAAUGGAAAGCCCGAAGGUUUCAGUUGACAGAAGAUCACAUUAUUUAUCAUCGGAAAUGGAAGAAAAGAAUAGGAGUCAGUUCUCUACCAUUGGAUGGUUGUUCUGUGGUGUGUCCUUGUUUAGAUGCAGAUUUACCAUCCAGUAAUCCUUCUGGGACUUUCAAAAUAUGUAUGCCAUCUGGAGAUCGGGAAAUUUAUCUUCAGGCUGCUGGAGAGGAAGAAAGGAAUCAGUGGGCACAUGCUAUUGGUGCAGUGAUUCGCUCUCUCAGCACGAUAAAACAGGUGUCAUGUCACAGAAAAGUGCCGUUCCAACACUUUCGAGUUUAUGCAAAUGUUAGUGAAAUAAUUGGUACAAUCCAAGAGCCUGGUGCUGGGGUUGAACUUGGCAUGCACUUACGAGGUGGAGUUGUGUAUAGAAACUGUUUCCAAGGUUGUGAUUUAGUCAACUGGCUGCUAAGGUGGUCAGUUGUUCGAAACAGAGAGGAUGGUGCUGCCAUGGCCCAGACUCUGUUGAAGCUGGGCCAUCUGCAGGAGAUUGAACUCAAUGAUGGUUCUGCUAUUGCUGGUGAAAGGUUUAAAGAUGGUGAGAGUCUGUACAGAUUUACUUCUCUGAAUAUGGGGGCCAAACGUGAUAGUUACUCAGACAACACAGACAGUGAUUCCAGCAGCUCAGAAGAGGAAGAUGAGGACGAAGGAGAAAGCCAGAAAAGAUCUCCAAAGAAGGGGAAAGUGAUAAAAGAAAGUUUCUUAUUAAGAAAGAAAAACCUGAGUCCAGGAUGGCAAGCUGUGAAAGUGAUUCUUCGAGAAAAUCCCACAACUUUAGAAUAUCAUAAAGCUACAGCUACAUUAGACUCUGAGAAGCUAUCUACCAUAAUGGACCUGACAGGCUGUACUGUAAAAGAGAUUGUCAGGAAAGAUGAUGACCUCAGUGAAUCUAAACGCCAUCAACUAUACAUGAAGGAUAAGAAGGGACGACGCCUUACUCUACUGGCCUGCUGUCGAGAGGAAUGUCACUGCUGGUUGAUCCAGCUGAAUCAGUUUUGCAAACCCUCAGCAGUGAGCAAUGUAGCUGCAGAGUCUACAUUAAGGACUGCAUCACCUAAGUGAAAAAUGAUGUUCAGAAAACACUGUGAAAUAUUGACAGGUUUAACCUGACUGCUGUCUAGGAAACAUUUACUGAUUCUCUCAGAGAGAUUAAAACUUAACAAACCAGGCUUCUGGCUUUCUUUUUAAAUAUUGUCAUCUGGUAACCUUCA